UAUGGGUAUUUAAUAGAUAGCCUCUAGAGUCAGGGUUUCUUCAUAGUUCUAUGAGAAGAGAUUUCUGACCAUUUUAGGACCUAAAUUUCCAUCUUUUUAGGUGGAAAGUCAUACUCUACAAGUAGCAAUAACUGUGAAACUUACCAACUGGCUUGUAAUAAAUUUACAGUUUGAUUCUGAAGAAGCAGGGCUAAAAUAUAAGCAUUUUAAACGAGAGUAACCAUAUUUUAGAUAAUUUGUAGAAUUAGUGAAGAUCACUCUGAUGUUAAAAUAUUCAGUGCCUCUGUAACUUAACUUGAAGAGACCGUCAAGUUAUAUGGCAUUAAUAAUAUUAAUCACACUGUCACAUGUAGGACAGUUUUGAUAGGUGUUAUUGUGAAUGAUUAGUUACGGAAAAUUGAUUCUCUUAAUCUUGGAAAAAGUAAAAAGCACAAUCAUUAUAAGUUGCUGAAAAAUAAUAGAGAAUAGUUUUCAGAAGCAGUGGGGAAUCUCGAGAUGUGUGCAUCAAAAUCAUUCCCAAUUUGUCAGAGUUUUGACACUUUAAUUCAAGAUAAUAAUUUAAUAAUAAAUCACUUAUAAUCGCAGACUUGCCUGUUUUAUUGGUGAAUAAGUCCUAUUUUUUAUGCUGAAUCUUAGUUAUUAGCAAAAGAGUACAGGAACAAGUGAGUAACAUGGUGGGAAUUGUUGCCAAGAAUUCACAGUUAGUGGAUCUUGUGCUUAAGAGCCAUCAAGCUGGGCCAUUAGAAAGAUUAUUGUCAGAAUAGACAAUUUUUUAUUUCAAUUGAAUUAUUAUUUGUAAACUUAUUCUAGUAAAGGACUGACAAUUUGGUUGCACUGCUGUUUUUUGAACUCGUUAGAUUAAGCUUAAUAUCCUCCCAAACUCUCUAGAAAUUUUUGAAGUGCUAGUUUUAAAGUUUUAGAAAGAUCCUCACCAAAAAAGAAUCUUGAAAGUUUUUUGUAAAUAAGAUUCAGAAAGUCAUAGAUAUAAAUGUUCUAAUAGGUUUCAGGAGAUUAUCAUAUUAAAACUGUUUUCUGUCAAAAAUUAUUAGAUUUUAGAUUAAUUAAGUUAUUCAGAGCAUUUAGUCCUAAUUUUUUGGGCUUCUCGAUAUUGCUUUUCUCCAAGCCAGAGCCAUUUUAGAAGACAAAGCAUGACUCUCAGAGAAUUUUUUACCACUUGGCUUAGUGGCUCAAAAUUGGUUCAUAAGCCUUUUUGUGUGAUCUCAGGUUUUGCUCUGUGAAUAAACAUUCGAGUUCUCAAUCUCUCUUUCAUUUCCAAAAGUACUAAAUCCCAAUGAACUACUAUCAGAUCCAUUCUCAAGUUGGCUCUCUUCUUCAUGAAUAGUGUCAAGAUCUUGAAUAAAAGAAGUAGCCAUUGUUGUGCACUCGCCCUUAAUCUCCAUAUCUCUUGUAUCAUUUUUGGGACAGCCAUUGGUUUCUCUAUUGUCUUCAUCUUCAAUAAAGAAGAUACUUUCUUUAAAAUCAGAUUGCUCAAUGUAAGAGUUAGGGGAUGCUCCUGAUAAUGCAACUUUUUGGCUUUUCAUAUUUAACAUAAAUUAUUAUUUCA